AUGCUCGUGCUCGUCAUCGGCGACCUCCACAUCCCCAACCGCGCCCACGACCUGCCCCCCAAGUUCAAGAAGCUCCUCGUCCCGGGCAAGAUUGGCCAGAUCCUCUCGACGGGCAACAUCACCGACCGCGAGACGUGGGAGUACUUGAGAAGCGUCGCGCCCGACCUGCGAGGCGUCAGGGGAGACUGGGACGAGCCCUCCUCGUCCCUGCCGCCGUCAAUGGUCGUCCAGCACGGGCCACUACGCAUCGGCGUCAUCCAUGGCCACCAGGUCGUCCCUCUCGGUGACGCCGAGAUGCUUGGCGCGACCGCGAGGAAGAUGGACGUCGACGUACUCAUCAGCGGCGGGACCCACCGCUUCGAGGCGUUCGAGGCGCAAGGCCGGUUCUUCCUCAACCCCGGCUCGGCCACCGGCGCCUUCUCGCCGCUGUGGACGCCUGCGCCACCCUUUGCGCUGCUCGACAUCCAGGGCAACGUCGUCGUCACGUACGUCUACCAGGAGAAGCGCGGCGACGUGAGCGUCGAGAAGCUCGAGUUCAGGCGGGCGACGGCGCCCGGGGUUUGA